AUGCAACUCUACGAGCAAUACGCCGUGACUACAGUGUUCGUCUGCCCUUUGUAUCUCGCUACUAUCAUCCUCGGUUCGCUCGGUACUGGUAUCGUGAUCCAUGCUUAUGUUACUGACAAAGCCACACAUAAAGCCUUCACGUUCCUUCUGACAAACUUGGCCAUCGCCGAUCUCAUAGUCUGCAGUCUGUUUACCCCUCUGCUCUUCUGUUAUCGAGUUCACGAGACAGCUGGAAUCAUAGGCUUCACACCAUUAUGCGAGUUAUGCCUGUUCCUGUCCAUGUCCAGUACCUCUCUGAUCUUCUUAGUCUUCCCACUGUUGGCAUAUUGUCGUAAAGAUGCCAUGCUCCUGCCAGAUCAUCCUAGGUUUUCUCUGGAGCGAGCACGCACGGUGACGCGUGUAUUUUGGGUCCUGAGUAUUUUGUCUGGUGUAAUGAUGGUCGUGAUGGCUUGGUGUGACUUGGCAAACAAAGAUUCUGUCUUCCCAUAUUUAUAUCGCUGUUUGAUAAUCAACCAGAGUCUAGAUUUGCACGCUCAGGUUAGACAAUUAGCACUCAUUUAGUACCAAAAAGAGAGGUUUUAACCUUUCAAGUUAUUUAUUUGCUUACUACUAAGUACUAACUAAGUAAGUUUCCACUAGUAGUGGAAACUCAGAAAUGAAAAAAAUCGCUAAAAUCGCACCGGAUCGGGAAAAUAACCACACAGCAAGCAAGAACACACCAUGUAAAUAAGGUAAGACGUUUUUUAUUGAGAAUUUCUACGAGUAUUUAUCUUCCUAAAUCUAUAACGUGGAUUCCCAUACAAAUCCUUUAUAAAUUCACGGCCGCCAUGUAACCCAAUACCGCUUUUGUUGAACAGUCACGUCCCGGCUCGCACACCGCUAAUAAUUAAUCUAAUCCUUUCACGUGACGUGAGCUUGGGCUGCCUGUGAUCAAAAUUUAUAACAUCACAAUACUGUAUACGCAUUAUGCGCGAGUCUUACGCCUAUGGACUAAAGACAACGAUCUCACGCAUCAAGGACAAUUUCUUUCGCCUGACUCACAAAUCCCUCAUUCUGAUCAGCCAUUCAGAGGAGCGUAAAUUUGAGAUCAUAGGUCAUUUACAACAGAUGAUACAUGACACACAUGGGUUUUACAGUAAAAUCAUUGACGAAAUAUGACACUUAAGCGUUUUGCUGCUAAGAUUACCCCUAAAAACGCACAUUUGAUCACAUUGUCUGAUGGAAAGAGUGGAACAAUGCUAUUUAAGGUCUUAAAAACGGCUUUUGUAGAAACUAAGGCCUGACAAUCAGGUCCUUUGUCAGUUGUCAGUAAAACCCAGGCAAAUGUCAGUAGUCAGGGGCACCCAACGGCAAUUUUCGGGAAAAUAUCUGUUCGGAAGACGAUUUGAGAUCUAGAAUUUUCGGAGCAUUUGUUGUAAAAUUUCUUGCCUGCCUGCCUCUCCUAGGAUUUUCGAACACCUACAAAAUGGUAUAAUUACCCAUUUUUAACGGAUUUUGAACCUAAAAAAGGCCACCUAGAAUUUUCGCGAGCCUUUUCUUGGCUGAAAUUUUCGAGAAGGUAAGUUUUUAUCCCUAUAAUUUUCGGAUCACUAGACUUUCAGCUAGGAAAUCCGAACAGAUGAAAAGUUUUUAGGGGAUAAAAAUAUGCCUAUAUCUACCGUUUGAAUACUAAAAUACGUUCAACAAUGCUAUGUUAAGUGGUUUUGAACUAUAUCCUCGUGGGGUGCCCCUGAGUAGUCAGUUAAAUUUUCGUCUACAGUGAAACCUGUAGUAAGAGGACACCCUCGGGGAAUGCUGUAGUGUCCGCUUAAUACAGGGUAUCCGCCUAAUACAGGGUUCGAUAGAUAAUGUCAUAUGAGGUGUCAAAUGCCAUUCAAAUGAACGGUGGAAACGUUUAGAAUACUCCCAGAGACUAUGACGAUAUACGUUUGCAUUAAUUUCUUUAUUAAAGAGGACCAAUUGAUCAUAGUACCAUAAACAUAGAUUGCAACUCAAAUCUGAAGAAAUCAGAUGAGCGAAACAAGCUCUAUGCAAACAAAACAAAAUAGAAAACAAUACUGUACUGUGAAACUAAUUAAAUAAGUUCGUCAAGUAACUUUUUUUAAUGUAAAAAUCGAAAAAUUUGUGGCAAUCUUUCGCAUUUCCGGUGUCUGGCAUGUUGGGUGGUGGAACUUAAUUACAAGUGUCCGUUUAAUACAGGUUGUUAACAAUAGAAAUGACCAUUUCAGGCACUUUUUAGGUGUCCGCGUCCGCUUAACAGAGGUGUCCGCUUAAUAAAGGUUCCACUUAAAGUAAAUAAGGGAAAUAAUGCUUAAUGCAGGUUUCACUGUAUUUGUCAGUUAUCAGUUAAAAUUUUGGCCAUUUGUCAGUUGUCAGUUAACCCCAUCCAGACCCUCAAAUAAGGUCUUCAGAUCAUCUCGGGAUGAAACAAACUAUUCUUUUGAAAAAUUUUAAUAUUUGAUAGAUCAUUCUUUCUAUGAAGUAUUUCACUUCUAAUAUUAUUUUGUACAUAGAAAUGUCAAUAGUCAAUUUAAAAAUAAUCUUUGUGAAAAAGCAAAAGCGGACACGCAAACGCCCAACUCAAGGCCGGGGCGCGACAUUCAUUAUAACAGAAAUGGCCGUUUUCAUACUAGAGCCGGAUUACUCGUGUGAGACGGGUUAUCCGUUUGAUGAUUCACGUCAGGUAGGUAAUACUUCGUAAUUUGAAUACGGAAUAGUUUUAAUUUUGCAUGAACAAUCCGCCUGACUUUAUCCGUCAAUUUCGACGGACAGUUUCAAGACGGGAUUAUCCGCUUCAAGAUAGCCUGUGUACAGCCGCCCCCUCCCCUCAGGUGUUUUUUUAAUGAUAGCGAAGGACUGUACGGAACGACUGUCUGCCGUUUCCUUGUCCGUAGGCCUCAUUAUUCCGCGCGGCUAAUGCGUUUCGGGUCACCUGGUCCUAGCGAGUUCGCCACCGAAAAGCCUUGACCGAGAUUGCGUGGGAAGGCGCCGUACAGGGACGGCAAUGUCUACCGUAGCGUUAGACAAAAACAGGGAAAUGUUGUUUUAUCGGUUACGUGUUUUACAAACAGUGACAUCUCUGCGUGUUGUUUCACUAGUGUUUUGAGGGCACGACCUCCUGAAAAUCGCAAAUAUUAAUCCCCAGCAAGAAGCUACACUUUCGCUAUGGAAAAAAUUAGUUCCCCGAGAGAGUGGAGGAAAUGGAGCCUAGGUCUUGGUCAACACCUAAAAGGCGCUUCACCUAACGUACGUACGGAGUCACACUAGCCGGGAAAUAAAAAACGCAAGCAUAAGGGAGUUUUGUACCUCCCUUAAAAGUGGCAAAUCUAGGGAACAAUUUCUUUUACGGUUAACUCUUUUUUACUCUAUUUACGGCUAACGGUUAAAAUUUUUCAAUUUUUACGGCUAUCGACUAAAUUUUUGGCCGUUUUACGGCUAUCGGUUAACCCCAUUGAGACCCCCCGUUAUGCCUUCAUACUGAUUCAUCACUAGCCUCCCACGCAGACGUUCUUACGGGUUCGUCACGCAAAUGCGAAAGAUUGCCACAGAUUUUUCGAUUUUUACAUUAAAAAAAGUUACUUGACGAACUUAUUUAAUUAGUUUCACAGUACAGUAUUGUUUUCUAUUUUGUUUUGUUUGCAUAGAGCUUGUUUCGCUCAUCUGAUUUCUUCAGAUUUGAGUUGCAAUCUAUGUUUAUGGUACUAUGAUCAAUUGGUCCUCUUUAAUAAAGAAAUUAAUGCAAACGUAUAUCGUCAUAGUCUCUGGGAGUAUUCUAAACGUUUCCACCGUUCAUUUGAAUGGCAUUUGACACCUCAUAUGACAUUAUCUAUCGAACCCUGUAUUAGGCGGACACCCUGUAUUAAGCGGACACUACAGCAUUCCCCGAGGGUGUCCUCUUACUACAGGUUUCAUGUUUUCUGGUCUUUGACAAAAGGAUCUGGAAGGUGAAGUUAAGCAGAAAAUUAUGUCAAACAAAAUCACAACCGCUUCCCCAGGGAAAAGCCAGGAAAAAACGCCCAGGGGACGAGGUUGACAAAAUCAUUGUGACGCUAGUAGUUGUAACACGAGGUUUGACGUAUUCUUUCAUCUGCCGUCCUGUUGCGUUAUGAAGGAAGUAAAAGCUACUGUACCCGUUUGAUCGAUAAAUUUUUGUUGCAUCACCCUUUCAACACUUGAGGAAAAAUCAAUAACGAUGAAAGAAAGGUAAUAAUGACCCCUGAUGGGAAGUUAAAAUUACGCAAGCCGUUUUUUGGCGUAGAAAAUCCGUGACAGCACUAAAUGCCUCCUCAGUCGACUGACAUUUUCUCUAGAAAUGAAAGUAUUUACUGCAUUGUUGUUCUAAAUUCAGGUUUUUCUUGGCUACUCAAUCCCGCUGUUUGGUCUCUCCAUAACUGUGACCUUCAUCAUCUACAUUCAAAUAUACUGCUCAAAAAGUUCGCCAACAGUUACCCUGUCAUUUGAAGAGUGGCAGACCACGAAGGUGUGCUUCUGUUCAGCGGUCAUUUAUGUCGUUUGUUGGACACCAUUCGUUCUUGUCCAAAUGUCUGGAGUGUUUGGCACCUACACGGAGCUUCAUUUUAACCUACAUGGAAUGUCCUCUGCAAUUGGGGUGCUUGGCUCAGCGCUGAGUUCCUGGCUGUACAUUAUGGGGAUUCCAUACUACAAGGCAGAGAUGAAAAGGUUGUUGUUCCGAAAGAGCUUGGAAAAGAAAGAAUAACAAGAUAAAGUUAGCGUUAGACCCCAUCGGCCUGAACCCCCUUGGACAACUUAUGAAGUUUACACAGCGUAGUGUAGUAGUACCAUAGUCCCCUCUACUACUGGUAACGACCACUGACAAAAGUGAUUAGGCCUAGGCGGGCACAAAAUCAGUGCACUCCGUGACGACUGACCGAUCGGUCAUCAGGUAAUAGAGCCCGUACUACACAGAGAUUUUUGCAGAGAUUUUCCGUAGUUGUGUUUUGAAGCCGCGCUUGUAAAUUAGUGGCGAUUUCAUGGUGAUUUGUGGCCGCGUUUGUUUUGAGCCUUAUUGAAUUCAGUGAGGGCGAUUAUGUCUAAAAUACAGAGCCCAAGCGCGAGCGGGUGCAUCGGAACUAUCAAGAGCCAUUUGGCUCUUGGAACUACAUAAUCGCUAUGAAAUUGCGCCUUUACUCGUCGCUUACUUGAAAGAGCGCUGCCUCCAAGUAACAGUGAAUCUAUUCAUGUUUUUUUUACCGAGUAAAUUCUGAAAUAAACGAUCGGGAAGGAAAAGAGAGGGGACAUGGAUCUUCAAAACUAACUAGUCUUACGAUAUUAUGCUCUCCAUUAUCGGCUUGGAACAAAACAAAGAAGGAAAGAUUACGCGUACUACCGUGUGGUAAUAAAGGCGACGCCCUUAGCCUGCGAAAACAUUCGUUUCUCCUCGCUCUUCGUCGCUGGGGACGUUUCGCACGGAGGAACGUCCCCAGCGGUGAAGAGCGAGGAGAAACGGGUGUGUUUGUAGGCUACGACGCCCUCAAAUUUUCUGGUAAAUAAGAUCGUGAAACCAAGUUUCGCAAGUCUAAUAAACUGUGAUCAGGUGCUUUAUAGGAAUAGUAGGGAGAGGGCAUAAUCUUGCUGGGCCCCAGGUCCGUAACAGUAACACCGCGAUGGAUUUUGUUGCAGUUUUGGCUCUAUUAUUAAAGGUACGGUAAAACGUGCAACAAAGUCGUGCAACUUUUUUUCAACAUUGCUGCAAAACGAGUUGAGAAGCGAUCGAUCUUGCGUGUUUUACGAGGACAAUCGGCGAACAAGACGUACUCACCUAGAAAAGAAAGUCAUCGGCUUGAUAAAAACUCUAUCGAUAUCAGCGGGAAAGGAGUUAUGCAAAUUGCAUGCACUGCGCGACUUUUGAUUUUUUUUUUUCACGUUAAGCAUGCGCAGGAACGAGUUAGUGUGAAUUAAGUGAAGGGGAAAGCUGAACCAAUAACCAUCCAGCCAUCUGUUAGCAAUUAUUAAUAUUUUGUCGGGAUCUAUAAAAUCGAAUGUUAUUCGGAGAGAACGAGGAGGAAUGGGGCAAUGGAGGAAUUUUGCAGAAUUUUUGAAAAUGCAUGCGCCAAAAUAAUCGAUAUUUCAUAUCUUCUUCCCAAACUGUUUUUUUGCUGGCGAUUAAAUUACUCAACAGUCAGCCCUUGCUGGAUUUUAUGUAUGUUUCUUUCUUCAUGUUUUCACCCUUUGGAAUUACGGAAAUUUCGUUGAUAGUUUAUCGCAAAUGUUCCGGCGUUUGAAUAGUCCAGUUUCGAAUUAA